AUGAAGACUUCCAAAAUACCAGUCGAUUCUCCUGAUGAUAAGGUUGAUUUAUCAGGUGCAAAUUCUCAACGGCCACAUAUGUUAGGAUCACGAGAUGAUACCAUCGUGUCAACUGCUGGUCGAGAAGGUACUGCCAUUGCACCACAACUUUAUAAAGGUCGAUCCAUGGCUGUGUUCACCAGUGGUGGUGAUGCUUCCGGGAUGAACAGUGCUGUACGUUCGGUUGCACGAAUGGGUAUAUACUUGGGAUGCCGGGUUUUUCUAAUUUAUGAGGGUUAUCAAGGAAUGGUUGAUGGUGGUGAUCAUAUUAAAGAAGCAGAUUGGCAGUCGGUAUCGGAUAUUAUUCAACGUGGAGGUAUUUUUGCCACACGUUGCAAAGAUUUUCGAGAACGUUGGGGGCGCUUGAAAGCUGCGGAAAAUCUUAUCAAACACCGUAUCACUAAUCUCGUAUGUAUUGGAGGCGAUGGUUCUUUAACUGGUGCUAACCUUUUCCGACAAGAAUGGCCUGAAUUGCUCAAAGAACUUUUGUCUACUAACAGAAUUACCACAGAGGAAGCUGAAGAAUGCAGUAAUAUUCAAAUUGUUGGGCUUGUUGGUUCCAUUGAUAAUGAUUUUUGUGGAACGGAUAUGACUAUCGGUACUGACACAGCGUUACAAAGAAUUUGUGAGGCGAUUGACUGUGUAAUGUCAACGGCUCAAAGCCAUCAACGCACAUUUGUUAUUGAGGUUAUGGGCCGACAUUGUGGUUAUUUGGCAUUAGUUGCUGCUUUAGCCUCCGAAGCAGAUUUUUGUUUCAUACCGGAGUGGCCAGUACCAAUAGAUUGGCCUGCGGUAUUAUGCGAUAAGUUACGAAUGAUGCGUGAAGCUGGUUCGCGUCUAAACAUUAUUAUUGUCGCUGAAGGGGCUGUGGAUAGAGAAGGGAAACCGAUCAGUGCUGAUUCGGUUCGUCUAGUAGUAAAAAAAACAUUGCAUUAUGAUACCCGUGUAACUGUGCUGGGACAUGUGCAACGAGGUGGCAGUCCAUCAGCAUUUGACCGUUUACUUGGAUGUCGUAUGGGUGCUGAAGCAGUGCUGGCUCUAAUGGAAAUGACACCACAGUCAGAGCCUUGUGUGGUUUCAAUUGAUGGUAAUGUUAUAGUACGAGUUCCACUGAUGCAAUGUGUCUUACGUACACAAGCGGUGAAAAAAGCAAUGGAAGAGCAUGACUGGGACAUGGCUGUGAAAUUAAGAGGUCGAAGUUUUCAUCGAAAUCUUGAAACUUAUCGUUUGCUUACAAAGGUUGAACCAAAAGCGAAGUUCAUUAAUCAAGGGGAGCCGAUUUUUAACGUUGCUGUGAUAAAUGUUGGGGCACCUGCCGGUGGAAUGAAUGCGGUGGUGCGUUCAUAUGUCCGUAUGGCAUUGUAUCAUCGCUGCAAAGUUUUUGGCAUAAAAAAUUCUUUCGAAGGGCUUAAUUUCCUUAAAAAAUCAUUUAAGGAAAUGGCGUGGGGCGAUGUGAACAAUUGGGUAAUGUUUGGUGGCUCAUUUCUUGGAACACAAAAGCAAUUACCUGAAAAGAACAUGGAAGAAGUAGCUGCUGCAUUUGCAAAAUACAACCUUCAUGCAUUAUUACUUGUUGGUGGAUUUGAGGCAUUUCAUUCUUGCUUACUUCUUUCACGUAACCGUGACAAAUAUCCAUCGUUGCGUGUUCCUAUGUGUAUUAUUCCAUGCACAAUCAGCAAUAAUGUUCCGGGAACAUCGCUUUCACUUGGUUCUGAUACUGCAGUCAAUGAAAUAUGUGGAAUGAUUGAUAAGAUCAAACAGUCAGCUACUGGUACUAAGAAACGAGUAUUUAUCAUCGAAACCAUGGGUGGCUUCUGUGGAUACUUAGCAACUGUAGCAGCUUUGGCAUCUGGGGCUGACAGUGCUUAUAUUUUUGAAGAAAAAUUUGAUGUUCACGAUAUUCUGGAUGACGUGAAGGUGAUAAGUCAUAAAAUGCGUACUGGUGUGCAGCGUUAUUUGAUCGUUCGUAAUGAAUGCGCUAAUAAAAAUUUCACGACUCAAUUUGUCAAUCAGUUAUUUGCUGAAGAAGGCAAAGGAGCGUUUUCAACAAGGACAAAUGUGCUUGGACAUGCACAACAAGGUGGAAACCCCACGCCGUUUGACCGUAACAUGGGUACAAAACUGGCGGCCCGUGCAUUAGAGUUCUUAAUAUCACAAGCAAAAGAAUAUGUCAAUCCGGUUACCAACUCUCUGAACGCUGUUUCUCCUGACAGCGCUACAUUGCUUGGUUUAAGAGGCCGUCGAGUUGUAUUCACACCUGUGGAAGAGCUUUUCUUGGAAACUGAUUUCGAACAUCGUGUUCCAAAGCAACAGUGGUGGAUGAAAAUGCGACCCCUGCUUAGAAUAUUGGCUAAACAUGACUCUGCGUAUCAACCGGAAGCAAUGCUGGUACCGGAGAUAUCUGGUGAAAGCAAUUAA